UCCUCCCUCUUAAAAGAGCGACUUUCUCUCAGGAGCAGAAACCUCAGCUGGGAGAAUCUGUGAGAAGGUGAUGACUCAGUGGAGGCCCAGGGAGGGAGCUGCAGCCAAAGGGACUUUCUGUGGCGGUGGCGGGAAGCCUGCUUCUCUGAAGACUCUUCCUUACACCUGUUCUUGCCCACCAGGUCACAGCCCCUGGAGGCCUGAACAACCAUGUGCUUCACCCAGGUAUCGAGAGAAGGCAGAAGUCUGACUGAGAUUUUACAACUCAGAAUGCACCAGAUGGUGGACAGUUUCUUUAACAAUCAUCGACAUCAACCAGAAGGACAAGAGCAGGAGCAGGUCGCGCUACUGCAGCUGGAGGACGACUUCAAUGAGGCCUUGCUCGACGCCGCCAUGGAUCUGCAUUAUCAGAACAGCAAUCAGGACUCCUCUCCGUUACUUCCCGAGGUGCGGCAGGAACUGCGCUCCAGGGUCCGGAGGUCCUCUGUCCUUUCCCUGGAAGACCAGAGUCCUGAGGGCUGCUCUCCCAAGGAGUCCUUUUGUAAGCGAGCCCUGAGGUCCUUUCAGAGGCUGCUGAGCUGCCUCUGGCAGAAGUGGCAGGCCGCGCUGGCUUGGCUGAAGAAGACCCUGGCUGCUGGCGUGCAGGCCCUUUGCAGGGCGGUGGAGGCCAUCUGGAGUGUGUUUAACGAUUUCUGCUCCUUCAUGGCUCAGGUCAUCAGGAGCGCCAUCCAGGCCUAGCCAACCCCCCCUGACCGGUAUCCUUCCCCGGGGCUGGCCCGUCGCUCUGGCUGUGGUGUCUUAAUAAAAGUUGGUCAAACCCA